AUGGAAAUGGACGUCGACGAAGAGGAGCAAGAGUCGCCGAACGAAGAAUCCAAGGACCAGAAUGCGUCAAAGGACGCGGAUCCAACUGCAAUUGCAAAAGAAUCAACAGAAACAGAAACAAAAGAAGAAGAAGGAACAGGAGAUGCUGAUGCUGUUGAAACAGCAGCAGUAGGCCCGAUGUCGAGUAAAGAUUUUGAACAGGCGCGGAUCGAGCUGGUUCAGCUGAUCCGGACGGCUCAGAACGAGUCGGCGCUAUCGCUGGAUUUCGUGUCUCUGUUGUUAUCGUGUUUACGACCAGCAGCUGGUACCACGUCCAUGUCUCCUCAUUUGAAACAGCAUGUGGCUGUAGGGUCGCUAGGAGCAGAUGCUCUAUGGAUCCAGCCUCAGGAAGAAGAUCCCAUAGUAGGAGCAGGCUGGAAAGUCCAGUCUCUAGGAGAAGCAUCCAAACAACUCAAGAACGCCGCUUCACGAUUGCGAGGAGAAGUUGUUAAAGAAAAGAAAUACUGGGACGCUGUAAUGAAGACAGUCGUCAAUGACGGUGAAGUGAUGUUCAAAAUCCGUCGUGGAGAUGCUCGAGGAUUGGGAUUGAAAUACGGGUUUGGCGACUCGGGGUCGGAAUACAGAGAUAAAGGGCUUGCGAUGGUUCGUCGUAAACCAGACGGUGAACUAUCGUUUCGAUUUGACCGCACAAAACAGAGAAAAGCGGUUCGUGUGGUGUUAUAUGACAUUACAUCUGGCGAGAAAGUGCCUAUUGGCACGUCCACACCCGCCAGUCUGUUAGUAGAAGACCGAGUCGAGAACGAGAUUAAGAAUGCACGAAUGAUCCUGUUUGAAGAAGAACUGUUUUUCGAGAUGGUGCAAGAAGCACGACUGCUAUCGUCGUACAAAAUCACUGUUUCCGACAAUGUCAUCUCGGUCAACCUGUUCGACGAACUCCUCGAAAUCGAGUACGCCGACCUCUCCCACACCCAUCCGGCCGAAGGUCUCCCCCAACUCAAAGCCGACCUCAUCUGCAACGCUCUCCAUAUCCUCCUCUCCUACUCCCACAAACGGCGACUCGAAAAACGCCGUGCUGUGCCGGCCCCCCUCACCAAAACGUAA